AUGUCCUUGGCCGCAGGAGUGUCCGACAGCACAUCCAAUCAGGUGGAUGUGUUGCAGCCCAUCGGGAAGGCUCUGGACUUUGAUCGCACCCCCUCCCCUCCGCGGCCCCCUCCAUCCUGCUCAUGUCAGAGGUCGUCUCUUAAUGAGCUUCAGAAGGAGGAGAUGAAAGUUGUGCUGGAAUCAUCGCGUGCUCACAUAAACACACUCUCCGUCCAGGCGUCGAGCAAAGACAAUGAUCAGUUUGAGAAGUCGCAACAAUCGUUUCAUGUUCUUUUUGUGGCCAGUUUAUUUUGUCGCAUUUGUGAAUAUGUGCAGUUUAAAAGGUUUGUUUUGGUAAAUUGA